UCCUCAGCUCUGUUUAACUUGAUCCCGGUGGGACUGAGAGUCGUGGCCAUUCAGUCGAGUAAAACUGGACUUUACAUCGCCAUGAACGGAGAAGGACACCUGUACACCUCUGAGCUGUUCACGGUGGAGUGUAAGUUUAAGGAGUCGGUGUUUGAGAAUUACUACGUGAUCUACAGCUCGAUGUUGUACAGACAGAAGGAGUCGGGUCGGGCCUGGUACCUCGGCCUCAACAAGGACGGACAGAUCAUGAAAGGAAACAGAGUGAAGAAGACCAAGGCAGCGGCGCACUUCCUCCCCAAACCUAUAGAAGGUUUGAGGACGGAGUUGUAG